UAUUUGUGUGGUAUUCGUUAGUAUGUUGUUUGUCCACCCAAGGGUAGAGCGGUAAAACCUCAAAAAAAAGAAACAAGAUUAAUUUCAUCAAAUCGAAGCCAAAUUACUCUGCACAAUGACCAUAGAUAAGACGCCCUCUAUAAUCGCUGGGUUGCAAAGGGAAAAGCAGCGUCAGUCGAAGCGGCGAUUGAAUGACUUGCACCAGAGCCACAGCAAGGCUUCUUACCUCGGAAGGAGACUCCGUGUGCGUCGCUUGAUUGCCGUGGAUAAGUGUGCUGCUGAGCGGUCUGCCCCCAAGAGAUCGUGGAUUUCUCUGCCCCGCGGGUGCAUCGUCCUGAUCGCGCUGGUGGCGCUACUUUGCGGCUUCAGCUCGUACUACGACGAGGAGAAUGUGAGCAAAUUUAUGCUGAAUUACAGCAGGCAGUACCAGGCCAUCAUCCACAGCAGGCAAAACUACUGUGAUCAUACGCUGUCGCUGCACGAAACGUUUGGCCACAUUCGCCGGCACGUGCUGAACCAAGAAACGGCGCUCGACCAGCUGGAGGAGGCUUUGGGCGAGCCACAAUUUCAGUCGAUUUCGCUGGUGGGAUCUUCGGGCGUGGGCAAGAGUCUGACUGCCCGUCUGCUCAGCGAGCUGUUCCCCUGGCCGGAAAAUGUGCACACUCUGACCAAAAGUGAUAUCUCGGACGCCAACAGAGUGCAAUCGCUGCUCAGUAAAUUGUCCCACUGUGGCCGCAAUCUCAUCUUCGUGGACAACUUGAGCACGGCCAGCGGGGACCAAGAGCUUGUGCCAGUGCUCAACGCUCUGGUCAGCAACUUUGGCGACAUCGCCAGACACAACAAUACGCACAGAGCAAACCUGAAACGCCUGGCCAUAGUCUACAUCUUCAAUGUCAAUCGUUGGCUCGACGGGACUGCACUCGAGCAAUUCGCCACCGUGCUGCAGCUGCCUCACACUCAGGUCGUUCAAUACGACACGCUCCAGCAGCAGCACUUGGAAAGUUGCAUUCGACACGAGGCGGCCCUAGAGAAUCUGCACGUGGAUCAGGAGCGGGUGCAGGAAAUGAUCAGAGUCACAGAUGUCAGGAUGUCCGGAUGCAAGACAGUUCGUGCCAAGGUCUUAAUCUACGGGAAACCCAAAUCGAACCACACAAAAGACUGACCACAACAGAAACAAAAGACUUGGAAGCAACAAAGCGUUGAAAAUCCCCCCCCAAAACUGAGAUUACAUUCCGCUUAGCCUAAGCUUAGGUAUACGUAGGUAAAGGACACCAAAAAACGACAAUUCUGCACAGCAACAGUGCAGCAGUGAUAGCAGUGAAGGAAUUUAUACCAGAAAGAGCGACAAUUCGCGGUCUGCCAUGAGACAUUAAGUUAUA